AUGCCCUCCCCAGAGCGGACCAACAAUCAGACUGAGAGUGCACGUCAAACUUCCCUAAUUCAAACGCUUGCGCAUACGCUCACUGUGCUCGAUCAUGCGCGAGAUUUUCUUGUACUCUCUCCUCAACAGGACCAUGCCUAUCAGCCAGCCAGCCUAUUACAGGAGAUAUAUAUGUGGGCAUCAGAACUGCAAGAAAAACGAGACCGACAGAGCCGCAGCGAAAUGUGGCAUGAAACGAAUAACAGGACAAUGGCCACGAAAGCUCCGAAUAAUAUGGGCAAAACUUCACAGCCCCAGAGAGCAACAAGGACGCGAAUUGAGCUCAGUAAUGUGAUGAAAGACGGCAGACGGAAUGAAAUCAAAUAUACUAACGCCAUCCAACGACUAAACCAGUACCUUCCACGGAAAUGCUCACCUAGGAUCAAGCCCAACCCGAUCAGCAAGCGCGAAUGGUAUCACGACAUCCCACCCUUCAGCCGGAUCAGAACGAGCCAGCAGCGUACCAAUGCAUAUUGGAAGAAUACCAUAAUUACCAACAAGCCAUCAAAUCAAUCGAGCAGUUCCCCCUUUACUGCAAGGUUCAGCCGAAAGUGCUUGAAGGUGUGGAGCCGAAGCCUGCAGCUGUCCGUUGAACUGUAUAUCAACUGGCCAGGCCAUAAUCCGUGUCCAUUCUUUUCCAUUGGGAUUAACUCAACAGCUAUCGGACGCAGUGGACAGCCCAGUCAUGAACCGGCAACAUAUGGCCACUUAUGUUGUAAUGGACCGUUGAUUCAGCGGGGCAAGGGAUGCCAUAUAACAAAUCAACUUUGCUCUCGAUGUCCUCAGCCGCCACGCUGGCGGUUCGAAGGGGCAUAUUGGGGAGAAGAAACCUAUGGCAAAAGGCGUCAAUGGUCAUCUACAAGGGAGUCUCGACUCUCGAUGCGAGAGCUUGUUCGUAUUCGUGUUCGCGUUUGCUGUUGGGAGCCACGGGAUUGCGAGAGAUCCGCCAUCAGAGCAACCACGAUGUCGUUUAACCCUGAUUUUGAAAAGGGGUUCGUGUGA